AAACAACAUUAUGCGCCCAACAACGAGCCUCCUCAAGCAGACAGCCGGCUACCGCGCGCCCGCGACACUCCCCGUGCCCUCAGCCGCGGCGUUCGCGCUCGUCCGCGACCUGCUCGCCCAGCGGCCACGGCACUUCCGCGAGAUCCUCCUAGACGGCGUCGGCGCAAAGCUCACCGCCGCCAACGUGUACCCCGCCGGCGCGCGCAUGAAGGGCAAGGGCAAGGCCGUGGUGGAGGAGUCGGCUGUUGAGAUUCCGAAGGAGCACCCCUUUGUGUCUGGCCAGUACCUCAAGAAGCACAUCCUCCCCGUCCUUGCAUCCCAAAAGCUCAUCGCCAAGGAGUGGCGCCACGCCGAGCCAGGAAGCGCUCUCGAGCACGCGCACCGCCCGCACACGGAUAGGAAGCACUCGAUGUGGGUGCUGCAGGACGACGGCAAGUCGGCAGCACGGUGGAGCAACCUCACGAGCGGCACGGUCACGCGCCGGAUCCUGUCGCAGCAGGGGCACGAGGUGCAGCUCGAGGCCAAGGCCGCGGCCGAGGCGGCGCGCCAGGCCAAGUUUGCCAGCGGCGAGGAGCAGCGUUCCGACAAGGACGUUAUCGCGUGGGACGCCCGCCCGAAGGGCUUCACCGUCACUGCUGAGCGGCUGCACCUCAACCGCCGCCGCGCACGCCGCCGCGAGUUCAAGGAGGAGCACGCGGCCCGCAAGGCCGAGGAGCGCGUCGGCCACGCCCAGCUCGCGGCCGAGAUGCUCGAGAAGCUGCGCGUCGCGAAGGCGUAAGAGGGAGUAGUCAUUGCAUGCAUGGGUUAGUAGGCUAGGGGG